AUGUCGGCUUCUCAACCAUCAUCAUCUCCCGAAUUCGGGGCCCAAAAGAUGUCUAGAUCUGCAUCUUCUAGCCAAGCUUCUCUCCGCGCGACCCCUCGAUCUCCCUCCCGCCAGCCGUCCCUCUCCCAUGCCUCCCUCGUAGAUUUACUUACAAUCGCUCCUCGUCCGGAUAUUAACGUCCCGCAACGAGACUGGCGCGCCAUCCCGUGCAAAGAGCUUGUAGCCGACCAGGAGUUGCAUUUCGUUGAGGAGAAUAAGCCGAUUGAAGAGGCAUGUCAGAUGUUAGUUGAUUUCGGCAUAUCCUCGCUACCAAUCAAAUCUGAAAAUGGAGCGGUCAUCGGAACCUUUGAUUACAGUGACCUCACUGCUUUCCUCCUGAUGGUUCUCGGUGUCUGGAAAGGAGACCCCUCAGAUACGGACGGACAUACCUUCCAAGAUCUUGCUACUAAAAGCCGCUCCGGAGGUGAUAUCCCCGUUAAGUUGGUUAAGGAUCUGGGGAAAAAAGACCCUUUCAUCACCGUCUCCGAAACCGAAGGCCUCUCCAAGGUUGUUGAGACCCUAGGUAGUGGUGUUCACCGAGUUGCAGUAGUAAAGGACGGAACCGAUAGUGUCAUUGGAAUGAUCAGCCAGUUGAAGAUCCUCGAGUUCUUUUGGUCUAAUGCCAAAGCCUUCUCCCAGAUAGACCAGAUAUUGCCUCUGUCUCUCAGAGAAUUAAACUUUGGUUCUGCGCAAGUCAUAUCCAUAAAUGGUGACCAACGGGUCCUUGAGGCUUUGGAGAUGAUGAAUUCUGAAGGGAUCUCCUCCCUGGCUGUCGUGGAUUCCAACUAUAACGUGGUUGGAAAUAUUUCUACAACAGAUGUCAAGCACCUUACGAGAACAAGCUCUUUACCUCUCCUCAAAUCCUCCUGCCUCCAUUUCCUCUCUGUAAUUUUGACAGAUAGAGGUUUAAACGACGGCAAGGAUUCGUACCCAGUAUUCUAUCUCACUCCAUGGGAUAGAAUGUGGCUCGUUGACGCUCCGAGCGAAGGCAACAGCACACCCUCAACCCCAACGAUACCAGUUUCAACCCCAGCAAUACCCCCACCCUCACUUGCCGCAGCGUCCCCUCUCGCAGCUAGCUUUCCGGCUGCGGCAAGUUUGAGUGUUGCAUCUGUACCCGGUGCCCGGUUGAGUGGUCGCCUCAUCGGCGUUGUAUCCUUGACCGAUGUUUUGAAUUUGAUUGGCAGAUCCUCUGGCCUCACUAAUUUGGAUCCGGGGGAAGCUCGCCGUCAAAGAAGGAGAAGUAGUUCUAGCAGUGUUCGGGCUUCUAUCGACCUCGGGAGGUCAUCUUUCGAUUCGCGUCGUUCAUAG